AUUCAAGCAGUGUCGGGUUGAGAUAACGCUAGCUCUUUGUUGCCGGAAUACAGGUUUUAAGGCUUUCUAGAUCUAGAGCAGUGUUUAGCUCCUGGGGCUGUUUGCGCGUGAGUAGGUAACCAACGUAUUGGAACGCCCAAGCAGAGCGUUAGCUAGACUUCUCUUUUGUACAGACAUUGUUUUGUAUUUCCUGCUGAUGAUGACUGCUUUAGUCAAUGAUCCCUCCGGAGUAAACCCAUCCCUCUCUACACACACAUCUCAUCAGAAACAGAUACAGGCUACAGCUGAGCAGAUCCGACUUGCUCAGAUGAUCUAUGACAAAAAUGAUGCAGAAUUCGAGGACAAAGUCAAACAGCUGGUCGAAGUAACUGGACGGUCCCAGGAUGAAUGCAUGGUAGCCCUCCAUGACUGCAAUGAAGAUGUCAACAGAGCCAUCAACCUGCUGCUGGAGGGGGUGACUGAUCAGAGCUCCUGGGAGACGGUAGGUAAGAGACGUGGCCUGGGUAAAGAUGGAGUGAGUGAACCGAAGGACAACAGGGAGAAGAGAGGGGAGAGGGACACAGGCCGAGGUCGCGCCGCCGCCCGCAGGGGCCGAGGAGGCAGCCGCUCCCGUGAAGUGGAGAGUGGAGGGAUGGAGUCCAGCAGUCGCCGAGGCCGUGGCAGAGGUGUUGGAGGUGCUAGAGGCCGGGGCAGAGGAACAGGUGUCAGCAGAUUCUCAUCCCAAGGGAUGGGGACAUUCAAUCCUGCUGACUACGGUUCUGGCUCCGCCCAUACAGACACUGGUGAGGGGGAAGUUAAUGGAGGAGGAGCAGGCCCUUGGAGGAAUGCUGUUGACGACUGGGCAGCUGAAGACUGGAGCGAAGAUCUGUCUGAGACCAAAGUUUUCACCUCCUCUGCUGCCUUGGCUGGCAACACACACCUCACAUCUGCAAACAGCAUGGAUCUGUGCACGUUGAUGUCUCAGACAGCAGAGGGCGCUGUGGAUGCUGAUCCUGAGCCACUGGGCCAGAGCCUGGUGUUUACUAACUCCCAACACACACAAGCACACACACGGACAGCCACUCACUCCUACGCUGCUGCAGCAUCAUCAACUGGGUUGAGUGGAGCCUCAGCAGUGGUCGCCAAGGUGGUCCACCCUGAGCCUGUUGCCUUGGAGACCCCGAGCAGCGGAAGUCUAAGGAGGGCCGAGGCCCCACCCUCAGAUGUCACCACAGACACACACACGUACACACACGCGCACUUCACCUCCACUGGCAGCACACACACGCAAACACAGACCCCCUCCAUCUCGUGUGAAAGCAAGACCAGCAGGACCACUGCCCCAACACACAUUGAAGUGCCUCCACAGCCAGAGCCAUCUGCAAUUCUUUCCCAGCAUGCCUUGCAGCAGUCUGUUGCCACUCCGGAGGUGUCUCACCCCGCACUGCCUGAGGGCUCGUCUCUAGGGGUCACGUCAGGCCCUGAGACCCCAGCCCCCCUCAGACACAGCAGGCCCCCAAGACGCCGCCCUGCCCCACCCUCAAAGAUCCCCUCCUCAGCAGUGGAAAUGCCUGGCUCAGCAGAUGUGAGUGGGCUCAACGUGCAGUUCGGUGCACUGGACUUCGCCUCCGAACCCAUCACCAUGGAAACAACACAGCCAGACAGCAGCUCUGACUCCGCCCAAGACCCCAUCCCACAAAACAGCCUGCCCCCCAGAUCUGCAAGUGACGCCAUGGCCUCCUCCUUGGACUCUGUUUACCCUGCCCCUUCACGAGGUCUGCCCAAUGCCACCGUCAUGCCAAGCAACACCCAGAGGGUAGUAUCGAACACACAGGAUGCCAGCCCACUCACAAAUGGCUUCAGUGAUGUACGAACCUCCAGCUCUAACGACACAUUGAAGUCUGACAUCACCCUUCAGUCCUCAGCUGCUUCACCUGUGACCACACCCUCCCACAGUGUUUCCAUGACAGCACCCAGCAGCACCCAUGUUUCUGGAUCCGCAGUCUCCAGCAGCUCAUCUCUGACAAUGCCAGCGGAUGCGCCAAUGGUCAGUGCACCCACUGGAGCUCCUGGACUGACACCCAAUGGCUCAGCCAGAAGCACAGCCCCACCUAGUGCUACACCUGGCAAAACUCUUCCUCCUAUGAUGGCCAGUCAGUACAUCAUGAGUCCAGGAGGCCUGCUACCCGCCUACCCGCAGAUUUAUGGCUAUGAGGACAUGCAGAUGAUGCAGUCACGCAUGCCUGUGGACUAUUAUGGAGUUACCUACCCAGCUACCACAGCAACAAUGCCAGGCAGAGAUGGGGUAUUAGCCAGUAACCCCUACUCAGGUGAAACCACUAAAUUUGGGUGUGGUGACUCUGCUUCCCCAGUCCCUCCCACCUCCCUGUCUUCGGCUCCUCCUCCGCAGGCUGCAGUGCAGCAGUCGCAGGCGGUGUCUGGGGCUCAGACCCAAGCGCAGACGCAGGCGCAGGCCUUCCUCAGCCCACCCCUGCCCCCGGGCUACAGCUACCCGGCAAUGCCCUACUACCCCGCCAUGCCUGGCACCUUCCAGUACCCUCUCCUCAUGCCGGCCAACACCAAGCAGCCAACACAGUAUGCACCCUACACAGGCUUUGAUGAUCUUUCUCAAGGGGCAGAGUUUAGUAAAGGAUAUGGGGGCUCAGCCCAAACACAACCCAAAGGGGCUAACAGCACUGGCAAAGGAAACAGUGGAGUCCCAGAUAUGAGUGCCUACACUAAGAAUCAGUCAUAUGAGAAGGCAGGAUUUCAUACAGCCACACCCCCUCCAUUCAGCCUGCCAUCAGCAUUAGGUGGAGCCACAGCAUAUGGCCACACCCCCUUCCUGCACAUACUGCCAGCUCACCAACAACCACAUUCACAGAUGAUGCAGGGUGUCCCUGGGCAACGCAGCCAGAGCAGCGGCCUGCAGCAGAAGAGCGGCAAAAGCAGCUACAGCAACUCUGCUUACUGGGCAAACUAACACGCCCCCCCGCAAAACACCAACACGCACUGUGCCGCCUCAUAGAACAGAGCCUCUGGUCCUCCCAUGACAGUUUCUCCUCCCCUGAUUGGUUGUCCAUGUAAGAUAUUUCUGUAUGUAUUUAUAAAUGCUGUAAAUGUAAAGAUAAGUUGUGGCUGUUUUAUUUUUGUUGACUUUUGGAAUACUGCAGGGAGAUGUAGCAGCUGGGGAGAAACUCUCAGAGGGAGGGGCUCAGGCCAAGGGGCUACGACUUGGGAAGACUUUGAAUAUGGUUACUGAUGGGAUUGCGUGGGUGUGAUGUGCUGCACUCAUCUGAUUGGCGCUUUACCAUUUUAAUCCUGCCCCCACCCAAAGAUUUUAUAUUUAAAAUUUGUUGCCAUAGAAAUAAAAAUUCUAAGCAAUGGA